CUUUGGUCUGCCUAAGCAUGUUUCGCCCCAAGAAGAGUCUAAAGUUGAUCUGUUUCAUAAACGGCACAAUCAUACCACCCAAUGAUGGAUACUAAGAUCGAGGUCGGGCGGGAGAACAUUUAUUUCGAAAUGGAAUCUAAACAGGAAGAUAACGCCGAAACCUAUGACGAUGUAGUUUUCAGAAAGGACACUCCACAGGCAAAACCAAACGUAGAAACACAGCCGUAUAAAGAUUCUGAUACAGUGAAGCAUAAACCAUUAUUCUUUAUCCCAUCUGCCAUCGCUGUUGCUUCGCUCUUAACAGCCCUUGCCACUUUGGUUUUAGCUGUGGCAAUCAUGACGGCACGGAGCGAGGCUUCGACAGAUAAGUUGCAGAUCGAAAAGAAGGUUCAGGAGUUGGAGAGGAUCCUCUCGGCUCUACAAAAAAAUUCGUUGUCCGGACCUCCCGGACCUCCGGGAUAUAAUGGUACUCAGGGCCCUGCAGGAUCAUCAGGAUUACCUGGUGUUCAGGGCCUUCGUGGACCAUCUGGGUUCAAUGGUACCCAGGGCCCAUCUGGACCCGGGGCCGGUUCCUGUGUUUUUAAGACUUUAUCCAGCACUGGUAUGGCAGCAAACUCAAUCGCCCAACAAGAAAUUACAGCGACGGAACCAAACAGUAAAAUCUUUAUUGGCGUAAACUGUGAUACAAACGACGCAAAAGUUGCUAAAUUAUCAAGCAUCAUCGCAGGUGGAAAGAGAACCUACAAGUGCUCUUGCGAAGGUACCCUAACAACUGGAGAAGCAAAGAUGUAUUGCUACAUGCACUACUGGGAAUGUCAGUCAUAAGAGGAAAAACAUAAAGCCAUUUAAUGAACAGGACUCUCUGUAAAGAAGAUAAUACAGUGUUGAUUCAGAAACGAGACGAAGAACAAUUUAGUGGUUUAACGUAGAUACUAUUUUUCAAAUAUGCCCCGUGAACUGGGUUUUCUUUCAGAGGGCAUUUCAGUUGAGUGUUGUAAAACCAAAAUCAAAGUAAAAUAAAAGUAAAAACAGGUUUUCUUCUCAAAGCGAGAGAAAGAGGAUGGUGCGAGAUU